GAUUUCCUCACUCUUCUCAAUACCUCUUGCAAUAUUAAUGUUGAUUUAAACUGUCGGGUCCUUUAUCACCAGUAGUCACCAGUAGUAGAUUUCUUCCCAAACUAUGCACCACAAAGGACAUUUAUUUUUACAAUCCAUAUUCGAUUAGUUACAUUUGAAAACUUGAAAUGGUUAUGUAGAUGAACUGAGAGCAAUCCGCUCGCGGUUUUAACCAGGCACAUCUUUCCAAGCCUAUUUCACAGUGCCUAAAUACAUUCUCCUGUCAGGUUUUAAUGUGAGGAGAUUAUGGUGGUGCUCUUGAGCUCACUGAGGUCAUUUAUAAAUUAUGUCAUCACAUCAGUGGCCUUGGUGUUCUCAAGCUGUAUGUACCACAUCCCCUUGAAAGUCCAACAUGGCCCCCUGUAAUCCUCUCUAUCCUUAAUCUGCGCUGCUACACGGGCGACCUCAUGUGGCCGGUUGAUUUAAAUUGAAGCGUCAUCAGGCAUCUCGCUUUUUUUUUUUUUUAAACAAUUGUACAAAAAUACAACAAAUGAACUAAAACCACCAGAGCACUCUGUACAUUUAAAAUGAGGCUUGCAAUUUUAUGUGGUAAAUUCAAUGGUCUUUCUAUAGCUGAUUGUAAUAGUUAAUUUUAACAUUUCUCUCUUUUGUUUAGUUGUAGUGAAAAUUUGGGCCUGGAACUUUUGUCUUCAACGUACGUGAUUGCCCUUUGAUUUAUGCCUUCACAUCUAUGCAUGUUUUUUUUUUCUGGACUAUUGCAAAUGGCCACUCCGUGCUCAACUGCAGAACAAACUUCCCUCCACUUUACAGCCCUCCCUCCAGUUUGUCCAUGGGAGACCACAUUUAAAAUGUAACCCCACCUGAAACCUCACACAGACCAAUCAACUAGAGCAGUGUCAGAGUAGACGGCACACCCUCUUUUGUUCAAAACCAAUCAGAGUGGAAGUGUGGCAUUUUGCCAUUAAUUACGCAUCACUUAGCUGUUGCCAAUGUGUUCACAACGGUGGACCCUCUUUUGGGCUUUUUACAGCGAUUGUCUUCAUUUUUCGGUCAUUCUAGUAUGGAAAGUAGACAACAAUGGCUUACCAGGCUGAAAAAUGAACUUAGCAACAGUCCUCUGGUAUCAAAUGUGGCUUUUGGCUUUAUCCUCAUGGGACUAGAGAAGCUGGUGGAGCUAGAAUUUGAGUGUCCUUGCAGCCCUACAUGGAACGGAGUGUUUUCAUCAGCAUUCUUCAUCAUUCCUGCUGUCAUGGCGUUCACCUUGAUGCUGAUCAUUCAAGGAUGCAGAUGUGAUACGUGGUGCAGGAAAACUGUUUCCUUCUCCAGUUUUGUUCCUGCUAUCGUGUGGCUGAUUUUGUUGUUCCUGGAUGGCCAAUACUUUGCUUGUGCUAUGACAGACUGGGAGGGUAGAUUUGUACUAGUUGACAAGGCAGCUCCGCAGAAGUGGUGUGAGCCAAUUAGUGAGGGAGAUGUCACCCCACAAGAACUAAUGCUCCGCUCACAGCAGCUGUUUGUUUUUUCUCAGGUUGUAGGCAUAGCCCUCCUCAUUUUCAUCUGUGUGGGUCUCGUAGUGUAUGUAAUCAGAGAAAGCUGCCAGCAAGAGGUGGAAAUGCAGGAUGCAGAUGUAGCUGAGCUCACUGUACUUAGGAUGAGCUCUCUACGGACCAGGACAUCUUGAGAGGACUUAGACCGCCCACCGCGCCUGCCCUGCUGAGAAGGACACUUUGUAAAUACGUUGAACAGACUUUUAUCAUGAGUUUUAUAACUGUUCUCAAUAAGUGCCAUUUGAAAAUAUAUUGUUUUAUACAAUUUGGACAAUAGGUCUUCAGUGGUCAGUGACACUGGCGUAUAAAGUUGCCUUAAUUAUGGAUAUAGUGAAAAACUGUGUUUCUGUUUUUUUUUCUGUGUUAACAGUGAAUAUGUAUCCCAUGUUGUGCUUGCAUUCCUCUCAUACUUCAGUGCAACGACUUGUUGGUAUUUACUGAUCUUUUAAGGAAUAGUUUGAUAGUUUUGGGAAAUAUUCUUAUUUGCUUUUUGCCAAGAGUUAGAUGACAAAAGUGGCAACACUGUCAUGUCUGUCCAAAAAAUAUGAAGCUAUAUCCAAUGGCAGGCUAGCUUUGCUUAGCAUUAAGACUUAAAAUAGGAGGAAAUGGCUAGCUUGGCUCUGUCCACAGGUUACAAAAUAGUGGACAUGUAUUGUCAACCAGCAUCUCCGAGAAACUCGGUCAGUCCUGCUGUCUUACUUAAACUUUUUAUACAUUGAACAUAGCAUUUUAUUUUUGUAACUUGGACGUUUUUUGCGCCUUUUGUAUUAGCUUUAUUGAUACAAGUGGAAUCUACCAGGCAGCUAAUAUUGAUCUGACUAAUAUUAGUUGACUUGUACUGUUGUUUGAGUGUGUGCAUGCCAAAAAUGAAAAAUGUUCCAUCAGUGUUUCAUCAAAUUUCAUUUUCACAUAUUUUUUGUUCAAACUUGAGUCGCAUCUGUCUUCAGAUUUUUCAGAUUUAUGUAGUGUUGUCCAAUGCUACCUAACAGCAAUGAUUCAGACUAAACUGAUAUUCCUUAUGAUUUACCUGUUUGACAGCUAGAGAUGUAAAAUCAUGUACAUAAUGUUUUGUAUUAUGGCUGCAACCAGCCAGUAGUAGGAUAUAGAUACAAAUUCUGUAACAGUACUUACAGAAUGUUUUUUUUUAUUAUUAUUAUUUUGUAAUAAAAGAAUUUAUUUAUUGAAGUAAAA